AUAGACGUGCAAAGAAAACAAAAAAAAAAAACGAGCAACAGGAUUUACUACCUCUGAUCUGUCGAGAGAGAGAGAAGAGAGAGAGGGUGUGAGUUGGCCGUCGCAAGAGAGAAAGGAUCUUGCCGCAUCACCACCCCAUUGCCGGAGAAGAAGACCCGGUUGUACGCCGGGCUGGUUCACGCUAGAGGAAGAGGAGAAGCUGGAGUUUUUGCCACCGGACCUAAGUGCUGCCGCUGAGCAUCACGGCAAUCCACCAACCAGUCACCGUGGAGAAGCAGUUCGCCGGAGUGGAACCCGUCUGUCGGACGGAAGAAGGAAGCUGCCGGAGUCCACUGGAACUUCUGUGCGGAGGAGAAGGACAUCGUCGCUCGUAUUGCCGCUACUCCCUACGUCGCCAGAACUGUUUUGCGGAGAAGACGACAAAGCAAGGUGAAUUUGGAGAAGAUCGAGGUAGAAGCUUCGGAUAGGAAUUGUCGCGAUUCGAGGAAUUGAGGAUCAUAUUGAAGUUGAUUUCGAGAGCUUCCGCUAGAACACGUAGACUAAAGUGAUUGAGUAAUUUAUUUUAGUCUUAAUUUUAAAGAAUUGUAAUUGAACAAUUAAAUAUGGAAAAUUUUAACUUGUUGGUGGUGGGUAGCCUGUGCACCCGGUUAUGUGAGAGCCGAGUGUGGCGGUAACGCCCCAGUUUCCCUUUGAAUUUUCCGCUGCAUAAUUCUGAUAAAUCAUUAUUUAAAUGUACUUUUGGGUGGGAAAUUUGGGGGUGUUACAAGUUGGUAUCAGAGCCUUUGAUUUUUUAAAUGUGGGUUUUCAAAUAAAAGUUUUUCCUAAAGUGACUAUGAUUUUCAAAAAAAAAAAUAUUUUCGAACAUUUUUUUGACUUUCUAAAAACUUCAAUGAGUAAUACCAACAAGUUGUUAUGAGAGACUUUGAUUUUCUAAAAUGGGGGUUUUAAACAAUUUCUGAGAUUUUCUUAAACUCCCUUAAGUGUAUCAAAGCCUUAAUAUUUUCCAAGGGGAUUUUUGUAAAAUGCUUUUCUGAAAUACUAAGAAAUUAAUUUACUAGGGAAUAAGUAAGAACUUCUAGGACCGCGGUGAGAAUGUGAGAUUUUGAAUUUAUAUUUUGGUGGAGUUUGUGGUUCUUUGAAUUGUUUGAGUUAUACUUAUAUCAGAUAUACGUACCAAAUUAUGUGAAUAGUGAGUUAUAAGGUGAGGUAGUGUAAUUGUGAAUAUCAUUCGAUAUACUUCGUGUCCUAAACAUUAUUCUUUCAAGUAGACAAUGAAGUCAACAAGAAACAAAGUAGAAGACAAUGUCGUCGCACCGACGAAUGCGGAGUUGGCUCAAAAUAUGGUUCAACUCAUCCAGACUAUCGGGAGUGUGUUAGUUCAGAACAAACACCAACAACGUCUCAAAAACCGCAAUGAUGUAGCGAAACUUGUAGCGAAGCGCAAUCCACCGUGUUAUUUAGGCCAAGAAGAUCCUCUCAUCCUUGAGGAUUGGAUUCGCACUUUCGACAAACUUUUCGAUGCUAUAAAUUGCCCUGCAGAUCAACGAAUUAAUACGGCUGCGUACUAUCUACGUCAAGAGGCAGACAAUUGGUGGGCCACGACUGCCCCAACGUUGCGUCAACAACCCGACUUUUCUUGGGAGACGUUCAAGGAGGCAAUGCGAAAAAGAUUCUACCCAGAGCACGUGAGAGCUGAGAAGUAUGAAGAAUUUUUACACCUGAAGCAAAUAGGCAUGACUGUUCAAGAGUACCACUCUAAAUUCUUGAAUCUCGCACGAUUUGCACCCACGCUAGUUCCCGAUGAAAUCGAGAAAACAAAUAAGUUUAUACGCGGUCUGAACUUCGAGACACAAAAAGCUCUUUGCAUUUCAGAAUGCCAAACAUUGAACGAUGCCUACAACAAAGCUGGCAAGCACUAUCGAGUGCAACAACUCCAGAAGAAAGCACUCAAGAGAGCGAGGAAGGGGACCGGAGAAGAAAGCAAAUGGGGCGGCAAACAACACAAGCUUAUAAAUCAGCCAGGGGAGACCCGCAAUGGUAACAAGAUCAACAACCAAGGCCAAGACCAGAAACGUAAGAAGAAGAACCACACCGAGAAGACACACUUCUAUUGCUCGAAGUGUGGAAAAGAUCACCCUGGAAAAUACUGUGACGGAACGCUCGUACGAUGUUUUCAUUGUGACAAGCUAGGGCAUAGGGUGUUCGAGUGCCAUUCAAGGAAGAAGGGAAUCCCUCCGACUCUUGGAAUCAGUCAUCAUGAAAAUAAUGCAAAACACAACGGAAGAAUAUGAAAAUAGUAGGCGAAAUCAUAUAAAAAUUCUUAUUUUCAAAAUUAAUAAAUCUGUUUGAGAAUUAUGUAUCGUUUGACAUUUGACGAAUAAAUUAUUUUCUUGAAUAAGUUAAAUGCUUCGGGGACGAAGCAUUCUUUUAAGGAGGGUAGAAUGUGACACUCCUUAAAUUUAAUAAAAAGAUUUAAUAUUAACUAAACAUGUGAUACCUACUAAUAGUAUUGCAGAUAUUUUCUUAACAUAUGCUUCGGGGACGAAGCAUCUUUUAAGGAGGGUAGAAUGUGACACCCCGAAAAAUUGGAAUAAAAUAAAUAAAAUUUAUUAGUCAGAUAAAAUGUUACGAAAGUCACAUUUUAAUAAUUAAGUGAAUCGGAUAAAUUUUUAACAUCGAUGACAUUUUAAAUCAGAUAAAAAUGUUUUAAUAAUAAAAGUGACAUUUUUAAUUUGAAGACAUGAUGGGUACAAAUAUACUAUAAAUACCAUACGAAAACAACAAAGAAAGAGUUGACUUUUAAAGUCUAAUAAUAAUGCAUACUGUAUAUUAAAAUAAUAUGCUUGAUGUACCAAUAAUAUAAGUGGUGCCUAGUAAUAAUAAAGGAUUCUCACAUACACAUGCCUACCAACCAUUCACAUGGACAUAGCCCAUGU